UCAAUUAUCAUCAUAUUUAGCUGGCACUGGUAUAGACCCAGUUGCCAAUCGAGAUCAAGUAUUUGGUAUUCUUAGAGGGUGUCUUCAUGGGCGAGCAUUAGAAUGGUUUGAUCGAAAAAUUCUUGGCAAGCGAUGGGAACUUCACAAUAUUUUUGCAAAUCAUGGCCAGGCUGCUUUAGAAUUCCUUCGAUUGCCAAUGACUAUGCAAAUGGUGCUGGAUGAUGCAGAACGCAUUGGUACUGAGCAACCAUUAGCUGAUCUUUUUGAAAUUUUAGAGCGCAUUGAAAUACGAAGAGCAGAGAAAAAAUUAGGAUUGGUUAGUAAAAUACCCCAGUCUAAUUCUAAUUCUGAGAAUGGCUUAACUGAGGCUGAAAUUUCGAAAAUUAUAAAUGCUGUUAAAUCAAAAAAAAAGUAA